AUAUAUAAAUGAAUCACAAAACGCAGAAGUAAAAACAGAAGAAAUACAACUGACCUGUAUUUCUGGUUCACGUCUUAGCCACGUUUGGAGGUCCUACCUCGUGUUUCAUUUGUUUCCCUUGAGUGAGUUGAUCCAGCACCUUGCCGCUGUCCACCUCCACCUGGUCGGCUUUGCACUGCAUUCUUCUCAGUUUUGUGUCUCCAAGCAAAAUGUCAGGUGAAAAGCCAAAGGUCUACGAAGGUGUUCGGGUGAAGAUCACGGUAAAGGAAUUGCUGGAAAAGCGCAGAGCUCGUCAAAAGAAAUUGUCAUCGGAAUAUGCAAACUCUUGGUAUCAAGAUGCUGUUGCCACGCCUUUCUUAAGUCUGGUGCCAGAGCCAAGUGCACAACCCUGGCCCUGUGAAGACAACCCCGGUGACUAUGGGACAGAGUGUCUCUCAUUAUACAGUGAUAACUUCAGCUCAGCUCAACAGACUGAACCUGCAGCAUACAGUGUACCCUGCAACUACACUCAUCAACAGCCCUGGUCCCUUGGACAUAUAUUGCACAAGGACUAUAGGGAAGGACAGGCCUCCUGGUCAUCGUUAGAGACUUGGACUCCGGCCUGCACACCAGAGAAUAUUACUCCUUUGGACACCCAUCAUCUCCCCUCCUCACUACAAGAAUACUCAGACCCUGUGGAUCCCACUUACAUAUCACUUAAUACAAAUGUCACUCAAUAUGAUACCUCUGUGUACUCAAACCAUACUGAAUCGACCUCUACAAUACAAUGGAUGCCCUGACCUAAGUAGCACAGGUUAUUAUGGGUCAACUUUGGACAACUGUUAUUAUAAAUGGCAAAUGUCAAGCAUGAGUCAUGUUUAAAUACAGAGUUUGUGGAGGGUGGCGGGGAGAUGGUGCCCCAUCUGGAGACCAACCUGAGGUUUAGGGCUGGCAGGGUCUACCAGCUUUGUGUGUGAGUGUGUGAGAGAGAGAAAGUGAGAUAAGUUACUUUUUUUUAUAGAUUGCCAUAAUUAU